UGCAUAAUUGAUGGAGGGCCGGGCGCAGUUCUGGGUGUCCUGCUGGCACGGUGAGAGUGUCUCAGGGGAGGAGGGCAGGGCGGCCGGCCCCUCCCACUCCGCCUUUUCUCGAGUGUCCUGCCCCCGGGCCUGGCAGCGGGCGCCGGGCCGCCGGCGAGUGUGCGCAGCGAAUCCGGGCACCGACGGCGGUGGGUGCGCGAGGACCGCGGUGGACCUGCUGGCGCCAUGCGCUCCCUCCCCAGUCUGCGGGGGCCCCGGCCGCCGCCCCUGCCGCUGCUCCUCCUGUGCCUCCUCGCCCCUGUGCGCCGGAGCUCGGAGGACGGCCGUACCCCAGCUGCACCUUUCACAAGUCUACCUGUCCGGGAAGAAAUGAUGGCAAAAUACUCUAACCUUUCCUUGAAGAGUCAUAACAUAUCACUGACUGAUGAGGAAAAAAGAGGCACAAAGAGAUCAAGUGAACUGACCAUGGUCACAGGUGAACAUUCCAAUAUGCCAGUCGAAAAAAAUAUCACUUUAGAAAGACCUUCUAAUAUAGAACUCACAUGCCAAUUCACGACAUCUGGAGAUUUGAAUUCAGUAAAUGUGACUUGGAGAAAAGGUGAUGAACUACUUGAGAAUAAUUAUCUCAUCAAUGCAACAGGAAGCAUCCUGUAUACCCAAUACAUGUUCACCAUCGUUAAUAGCGAACAAAUGGGAAGUUAUUCUUGUUUCUUUGAGGAGAAAAAGGAACAAAGGGGCACAUUUAAUUUCAAAGUCCCUGAACUUCAUGAAAAAAAGAAACCGUUGAUCACUUAUGUAGGGGAUUCAGUUGUCUUGAUGUGUAAAUGUCAAGGCUGUUUUCCUUUAAAUUGGACCUGGUACAGUAGUAAUGGGAGUGUACAGGUUCCUGUUGGUGUUCCAAUGAACAAUAAGUAUGUGAUCAAUGGAAAAAAUGCUAAUGAAACAAGGCUCAAGAUAAUGCAACUUUCAGAGGAAGAUCAGGGAUCUUACUGGUGCCAUGCAAUAUUCCAAUUAGGCGAGAGUGAAGAACACAUUGAAAUUGUCGUGCUGAGUUAUUGGGUGCCCCUCAAAGCAUUUCUUGCAAUAGCUGCUGAGGUUGUUCUUUUAGUGGCUAUUAUUCUGCUUUGUGAAAUGUACACCCAAAAGAAAAAGAAGCACUCAGAUGAUGGGAAGGAAUUUGAACAAAUUGAACAGCUGAAAUCAGAUGAUAGCAAUGGUAUAGAAAAUAAUGCCCCCAGGCACAGAAAAAAUGAAUCUGUGGGCCAGUGAAUGAGAAACAUCAUGUCAAGAGUCACAGGAAGAUGUCAAAGAGUUUGGAUCUCAGCUUUGUUUCUGCUUCCUGUUAAGAACACGUGAAUUUUUAUUUUUAAAAGGAUGAAAAGUUUAUGCAAGAUGCUCAGCAGUAGCUUUGUAAAUAAUAUAUGCUAUUUCAGAUCUAAAGAUAUAUUUUCAUUCUAUUAUUAUUUUACAUUAAAGCAAGGUAAAUUGUAUUAAGUAUGUUCUAUGAGCUGUAACCCAGGACAAUUAAUUUCAUUCUAGUCCUCAAGGGACACACAGAACAGACACCAGCAAAACCAAAUAGUACACAGAGUGAAUGUCACUCAAGACCUGUUUAUAACCAAAGAAUUCAUUAAAGACAAACCCUUUGCCAUUUGUCUUAAAAAGGUUUUUUCCCCAAUCAUGUUUACUAGGUGUAGAAGUAUUUGUAAUAAUUUUCAUGUAAAGUUCAUCCUUCAGUCAUAUUGAAAAAAAGUGUCCUCAAGGGGAAAUUAGUACUUUCUACCUUUGUUAAUGAUGGUUACUCUACAAUCUCCAUAAGAAAAACAUACUUUUCCUACAAAAAUAUUGGUUUAAGGCAAGAAAAUAAAACUAUACACUUGCCCCAAAUCUCCAUCACCACAAAAGCAGAUUUCCCAAUCUCAUUCCACUCAUCGCCACUGUUUUCCCACACCAGGCUAAAGUGAUUUUUAGUCUUUCUGGAGAACAUUUUUGUAAAGCUGUGGGUUUUGGAUUUCUUAAGUGACAGCUGGUGUUGAUGUUGUAGGGUACAGGUUCACACAGACGGGAUGUAGCACUGCUACUGGCAUGCUUCCGUGCUUCAUGGUUUCCUGGUAUCCAUGGCUGGCUAAAUAUCUAAAAAUGCAUUAUUAGUAGUUUAUAAUACUAAUGCCUUUGUCUGAAAUCAAGAAGUACUAAAGUAGUUCUGUGUUGCUGCCAGUAACUUAGACUUUUCUUUAAAAAUAGAAUACUUUGUUUCUAUUGCAUAUAUAACUGGACUAUUUUAUAAAAAUCACUAUAAGUCCAAUGAAAUCUGAACAGACAUGGAAAGUUGUUAAUGGUUUUGAAUGUACCAUUAACAUCAUAUGGCAGGACACUAGGUGAGGUUGAAGACAGUGAUGUGAAACCUGCUGGGGGUCCUUGGUGCUGAUGAGUCCACUGUCCCCCUGCUCACAGCGCAGCAGCGUUCAGAACAAUCACAGGCAAAGAGGGAAGGGUUUGGGAUGGGGGCAAAGAACCCAUGAUCUUGGUGACUAGGGGAUUAAAGCUUGAAAAGAGGAGUUCAAUUGUUUGAAAAAAAUACUUUUUAGACAUUUACAUGAUGUUCUGGCUGAGAAAAUUAUAAUAAAAUUCAGGUAGUGAAAAAUUAUACUUUAUAUGGCAUUUUAACUAAUGUUAAAAAUAUUACUAGUAUAAAUAAUACACAUAAAGUGUCACUUGGAAGCUACUCAUUUUGUUGCAGCAGUGUUUUGUGUAAAGCAUGUUAACUAUUGACACAAGUUUUGCUGAACAGACUACAUCAUUUAAGUAAUGGCAGGUUUCACCUUAUUGUUUUAGAGCAAUAAGCCAGGCAUUUGUUUUGGUUUAAUUAAUUAUUAAUUUGAUAAAAUGAUCUUGGGUGGUAUAUAUAUGAUGGCAGACAACCAAGCAGUUCACUUAAUUAAUCUAAACAGUUUGAAUUCAGUGAAAAAUUAUUCAGACCUGCUGUUUGACUAAGUCCAAUUCAAAACAAUGUAUUUGUGACUGGACAUAUACAAAUCCCCAAUUUGUAGCUCAUAUGCAGUAUGCAUUCUUCUCUUUUGCCACCACAAAAUGGUUCUCAAGCAAGAAAAAUUGCUUCCCCAAUGUAAAAUAAUCUGAAAUAUUUAUGUAGUAAAUUGAAUUUUUAAGUGUUAAUGCUUGCUAUUUUUCCUAGCAAAGACAAUUCAAUUCAGUAACUUUAAGCAGAAAAGGUACUCAGAAAAUUAAAGUUGAAUUUUGCCUUUUCAGAGUCUCUCCGGAGAACUUCCAGAAAAUUAUUCUACCACUGUUAGGUUAAAAAUGGAAUGCUUCCAUUAACUAACCUCACGGAGAUGAAUGGAUUAACUAAAAAUGACCAACUGUAAAUUGAAAUGACCAACUGAAAAUACUAAGCAAGCAGAAAAGCUGAAGUAGGAAAACUACUCCACGUUUAUAUAUUAGACACCUUGGGAAAUUCUGUCAAUCUUUCUAGCUAACAGAGUUUUGCAGCAUAAUAAGUAGAUUUAAUGAUGUCUUAAAAUUCCCAGAUAUUUUCAUAUUCAGUUUAUGCUCUAAUGUAAAUCUUCUCUUUGCAGUCUUUCCCUUUUUUCUCAGCCUCUAGUUACCCAGACCAAAACCUAGAGCUCACUGUGCUGUUUUCUUCUCUAUUAACUAAUGUUUAUUAGUCAUGAAUCUCUAUUCCUUUGGCCUUUUUAAUAGCUCAUUAAUCCACCCACUGCUUCCCCUACCCCAUGCUCGCCAGCUGCAACAGCUAAGGUCUUGAUUUUCCUACCUCAGUCUCAUCUUCGGUUAAUCAUUUUUUGCAUUGCUGCUGGGCCAUAUUUCUGAAACACAAAUCUCACUAUGUAGCUUAAUGUGGCAGCUUCCAUGACAAAGCUCUACAGGCUCACCUUUGCCAUAUCUUAAUAUUGCAGUUUUCCAAAUUGCAAAUCCUUUCCCACUGUCUUGAUUUAGCCUUGACAUAAAGAGAGUCUGUCCAGAAUGCUGCCCCCUGUGCUCCUCCCUUUUGAUGAACUCAAGUUUAGCUUUCAAGACUUUAAUCUGAUGUUACUUCCUGGCAGAUCCCUCACACCCAGCUGAGUAUGUGCCAUCUUAUGAGCUCAAAUAACUCCACGUUUCUUUGUGCUUACUACCCUGUAUUAUAAAUACGCACUUAUAUGCCUCCUUCCUGGAUUCUGCUUUUAUUUCUGUAUCCCGUACCUCCCACAGAGAGGGUACAUUGGAGAUGCCAUGAAGUGUGUGGUGCAUGGAUAAAUGUACAGGUAAACAUCAAAUUUCAUAAAUUUACACUGAUUUUUAGAAGAACAAUCUAAAUUGUGACAUCAGAAUUGAAACAGAUUAAUCUCCAAGAUUUACAAGCAGCUCAUGCAUCUCAAUAACAAAAAAAACAUACAACCCAAUCCAAAA